UCUCUCUCUCUCGUGCCCUUUCUUUCUGUAGUUCCCGCUGCAUGCCUACUUUUCUUACGUCAGCAGUGCAACCAAACCACGUUGAAUGAGUGUACCGGCUUAAACCUUCCGUUGGAUAACUGCAGACACAAUCUAAAGUCUCACCACACCAAAAUGGACCACGUUCCAGAAAACAUCAAUUUUCCUCAAGAGGAAGCGAGCACACUGAAAUUCUGGAAAGACGUGAACGCAUUCCAAACCAGUAUAAAGCUUUCCAAGGGACGACCAAGGUUCACAUUCUAUGAUGGACCACCAUUCGCAACGGGGUUGCCGCACUACGGUCACAUCCUUGCCGGGACCAUAAAAGACAUAGUGACGAGGUUUGCUCAUCAGUCCGGAUACUACGUGGAACGUAGGUUUGGUUGGGAUUGCCAUGGCCUGCCAGUAGAAUACGAAAUAGAUAAAACACUGAACAUAAAAGGCCCUGAAGACGUCAAGAAAAUGGGCAUUGCCGCGUACAACGCAGAGUGCCGGAAAAUAGUGAUGCGAUACUCUUCCGAGUGGGAGAAAGUGGUGACACGAAUGGGCCGCUGGAUCGACUUUGAGAACGAUUACAAGACCAUGUACCCUUCCUUCAUGGAGUCAGUGUGGUACAUCUUUAAGCAGCUCUACAACCAAGGUUUUGUUUACAAGGGAGUCAAGGUGAUGCCCUAUUCCACAACAUGCAGCACGCCGCUGUCCAACUUUGAGUCUGGCCAGAACUACAAAGAAGUCGUUGACCCAGCAGUCAUAGUCAGUUUCCCAUUGGACGAAGACCCGAACGUCUCUAUGAUUGCGUGGACCACGACACCGUGGACCCUUCCCAGCAACAUGGCCCUCUGUGUGAACCCAAAGAUGGUUUACGUCAAAGUGAAAGAUAACGAGACCGGGAAGGUGUACAUCAUGAUGGAGGCUCGUCUCGAAGCCCUCUUCAAGAAACCUGAAGAUUAUGCAGUUUUAGAAAGUUUCAAGGGAGAGACACUGCUGGGCAAGAAGUACGAUCCAAUCUUUCCGUAUUUUGCAAAGUACAAAACACAAGGAGCAUUUAAAGUUCUCUGCGACAACUAUGUCACAGACGACAGCGGCACAGGAGUUGUACAUCAAGCCCCAUACUUUGGAGAAGACGAUUACAGGGUUUGUCUAGCCAAUGGAGUCGUCACAAAGGACCAGGAGAUGGUGUGUCCCCUUGAUGCCAGUGGCAGGUUCAUCGAGCCGGUGUCUGACUUUGUGGGUCUUUACGUGAAGGACGCCGACAAAGAAAUUUUGAAGAAUCUCAAGAAGCGGGGUCGGCUGGUGAAUCAGAGUACGGCAAAGCACAGUUACCCGUUCUGUUGGCGGUCAGAAACACCCCUCAUCUACCGUGCGGUGCCCUCGUGGUUUGUGCGCGUUGAGCACAUGACGGAUCUUCUUCUCAAGACCAAUGCUGAGACUUACUGGGUGCCAGACUUUGUGAAGGAGAAGAGGUUUGGAAACUGGCUGAAGGAUGCUCACGACUGGGCCAUCUCGAGGAAUCGAUACUGGGGGACCCCAAUCCCCAUCUGGAUAAGCGAUGAUGGGGAAGAGAUAAUGUGCAUUGGGUCCAUCAAAGAGUUGGAAGACGCCUGCGGACAAAAAGUGACGGACUUGCACCGAGAGAGCAUAGACCACCUGGAGAUACCGUCAGUGCGAGGCAAGGGAACCCUCAAGCGGAUAUCAGAGGUGUUCGAUUGCUGGUUUGAGAGUGGCAGCAUGCCUUAUGCCCAGGUGCACUAUCCUUUUGAGCACAAGCAAGAGCUUGAAGAAUGCUUCCCCGCAGACUUUAUCGCCGAGGGUGUCGAUCAGACCAGGGGAUGGUUCUACACCUUGCUGGUGUUGUCAACUGCCCUGUUUGGCAAGCCACCUUUCAAGAAUCUCAUUGCCAACGGUUUAGUUCUGGCAAGCGAUGGCCAGAAGAUGAGCAAACGGAAGAAGAACUACCCGGACCCUAUGGAGGUCGUCAACAAGUAUGGUGCUGAUGCUUUGAGGUUGUACCUCAUCAAUUCUCCGGUCGUGAGAGCCGAGAACCUGAGGUUCCGCGAAGAAGGUGUGAGAGACGUUCUAAAAGACGUCUUCCUACCGUGGUACAAUGCCUAUAGGUUUCUCGUACAGAACAUUGUGCUCUUUGAAAAGGAGAAUAACGAAAAGUUUGAAUUCAAAGAAUCUACAACGCUGUCGUCAAACGUGAUGGACCGGUGGAUUCUGUCGUACACUCAGAGUUUGGUAGUGUUUGUCAAGAAAGAAAUGAAAGCGUAUCGUCUCUACACCGUGGUGCCGAGGCUAGUGAAGUUCGUCGAUCAUCUCACAAACUGGUACGUGAGGAUGAAUCGGAAGAGGCUGAAGGGGGAAGGCGGUAGAGCAGACUGCUUGGAAUCGUUGGAAACCCUGCUAAGUGUGCUCUACACUAUGAUACGCCUAAUGGCGCCGUUCACACCGUACCUGACAGAACUGAUGUACCAGAACUUGCGUCACCUCUUCCCAGAGACGUCAUCAAAAGAAGAAUAUAACAGUGUCCACUAUCUUCCCCUACCCGAGCCAAGGAGUGAGCUGAUCGAGGAAACCGUGGAACGUAGUGUCAGCUGCAUGCAGACGGUCAUCGAAUUGGGGCGCAUCGUCAGAGAUCGUCGCACGCUUCCGCUAAAGUACCCGCUCAGAGAGCUUAUAGUCAUCCACAAGGAGCAACUGUAUCUGGAUGACGUUGCUUCACUGAAGCAGUAUGUACUUGAGGAGCUGAAUAUCAAAGAUCUGACACUGACGACGGAGAAGGAGAAGUACGGCGUACUGAUGAAGGCCGAGCCAGACAUCAAGGCCCUGGGUCUCCGGCUAAGAGGAGAAUCUAAGAAAGUUGGCCAAGCAAUUAGGGAAUUAAAGGAUGUGGACAUCCAGAAGCACCUGAGCGGCGAGGCUCUCACAGUCUGCGGUCACCAGCUGGAACAGGGAGACAUCAGAGUCCAGUACAGCUUCUCUGGAGCGCAUGCGCAGAAACUGUCGGAGCAGUACGAAGCACACUCUGAAGGAGAUCUUCUGAUCUUGCUGGACGUAUCUCCCGACCAGACCAUGCUGAACGAAGGCCUCGCGAGAGAGGUCAUCAACCGAAUGCAGAAGUUGAGGAAAAAGGCUCACCUUGUUCCCACGGAUCCAGUGUCUGUGUAUACAGAAGUGACACCCACCAACCACUUCCUAGCUGAUAUUGUACAGUCGCAUUCGUCACUUAUCGAGGGAACUCUGAAAGUACCGGUGAAGAGGCUCCCGGUGUGUGAUUCCGACCAGGUUAUAAUCGAAGAGACCCAAGAGUUGAAAGGAGCGAGUCUCAAGAUCGUCAUCACAAAGAGGAAAGGCGACGUGAUAAGCGUAGACAAAGCCAACGGAGCAACUGUUCCAUCACCAAAGAAGGUCCAUAAAGAAACAACAAAGACACCAGUGGCAGCUUUGGGAGACACUCCCGUUUGCAGGUACGUAAAUGUAGAAUUGACCGGUGACAACAACGGAAACCCAACGCGAAGCGCGACCGUGCUUCUGGAGAACCCAAUUGGUCAGCAUAGAGUAGACUUGAAGAAGCUCCAUUAUUUGGUUCAAGUUGUGUUUGACCUCCCUGUCACAAAAGUGAGUCUCUACAAGUCUAAGGACAAAAGUGGAAAGUUGACUGCCCUGAAGGAGGACGAUGUUAUGAAAUUGCACGGUACAACCUUGUAUGUUAACAUUGGUUAGGUUCCUGUUCAUCUGUUGUCUCUUGUUAUUUAUAAAAGUGUAGCUGGAUCUCCCUUUGGCUGUCUAUAUGCUUGUGUAUCACAAUAAAAUAAUUUAUGGCACUCUGCAA